AAGCGUGUGGCUGGUGAACGAAAGUCCGCUGUCCUCCAAACGGUCAGAUCUUUGUGGAUCUUGCCGAAAAUGUGUCUGUGUAUUUGAACGUUAUUUUUUUAUGGGCAAUUCAAGUUGUUAAUUCUGAAAUUACUUUUUUGUAUUAAGUGGAGCGACAGGACAAGCGAAAUGGUUUGAAGUGGACAAUGCGCAAGAAGUCAUUUCAGUUUAUUGCCACUGGUCCGUUUGGGCAGCGUGAGGUUGGGAUUCACUGGAUUUCUGCAAGGCAACAUCUCUGAAGAUUCGGUGUAGGCUCAGAACCGAAGCUCUGAAGUCCCAUUCAACGGAAAGUGCGAUCAUAGCCGUCUCUCUUACGCCUGCGCUUCUUCUAGUACGGUCGUGAUAUCCUCCCUGCGCCCAGCUCCUCAGCCCCACGUAAUCUCCGCGUCCCAGACGCGUCCCCAGGUGUAGCCACGGCUGCUCAGCGUGAUGGAGGUCUAUGAAGAAGCCAUGAACUACCUGCAGACGCAGAUCAGCGGCAUCACUGUGAAGGCAGAGAGGGAGAUGGAGCCUAAUCUGAUCGAGGACGUGUUCGAGGUGGACCCUGAAGAGGCCUUCGUCACCAGCCCGCUCCACACUGAGAGCAUCGACCUCCCCGACACACCGACGAACUGGGCCCCUGAGGUGAUGCUGGAGCGGAGGAUGGUCGUCCUUAAGAGCAUCCUGAGCAGUGAGCACCUGUACCUCAGCGAGCUGGAGACGCUGCUCACACCCAUGAAGGCCCUGAAGGCCGCAGCCGGCACGUCCCAGCCGGUGCUUACCAGCCAGCAGGUGCAGACAGUGUUCUUCCAGGUGCCUGAGCUGCGUGACCUGCACCACGAGUUCUACACGGGUUUGAGUACCAGGCUCGAACCCCAGCAGGGGCAGACGCCCGGUCUGGAGCUGGGGGGCUCACAGCCGCCCCCUGUGGGAGACCUGUUCCUCAGGAUGGUCAGCCAGUUAGGAGCAUACCGUGGCUUCAUCGACAACUACGAGAGUGCGGUGGAGAUUGUGAGAAGGUGCACUCAGUCAGACCAGCGCUUCAGGACACUGGCAGAGAGCAUGAUGUCUUCCAUCAAAGGAGCUGACAACUGCAGGACUAAAUACACAUUUGAAGCGCUUCUGUAUAAGCCUUUGGACCGUGUUACUAAGACCACACUGGUGCUUCAUGACCUGCUGAAGCACACCCCCGAGGAUCAUCCGGACCACGCCCAACUCCAGGAGGCCCUGCGCAUCUCCAGCAGCUUCCUGUCCGGAGUCAACGAGGAGUCACAGCGCAAGAGAGCCGUCACACUAAGCACGGGCAUGAGACGCCAACUGAUACGGGAUGGGUUUGUGGUGGAUGUGUGCGAGAGUGGGCGGAGUCUGCGGCACCUCUUCCUGUACACUGACCUGCUGCUCUGUACCAAGAUGAAGGGAGCCUCAGUGGGGAAGCAGACUCAUUACCGGUUUGUUUGGUACCUGCCAUUGGCUGGGUUGAAGCUGUGCUGGGGGUCAGAGCAGGAGCGCUCCGUAGAACUACAGUACCGGAUCAGUACCAUGAGGACCAAGAUGUUCCAGCUGAGACAGGAGCACAAACAACAGGGGAAAGGGGGCAAAGGGGUGGCAGCCCGUACCCUGGAUCGCAGCCGCAGGAAGAUGCAGCAAAUUGAGCACUGGCUGUCCACAAACACCCCUGUCCUCCCUCUCGAAUUGCACAGCUCCAGCGGAAAGAGCCACACCCUCAUGCUGUCUUCGCUGUAUGAGCUGGAGGAGUGGAGAGAGGCCAUUGACAAGCUGAGAGGAGACAGCUUAGAAACCAUUCCUCCAGAUUUGCUGACCCUCACCAACUCCUGUGUUAAACUGAGAAUGACCCAGCAUCCUCAUCUCCAAAGCCUAUUGCCUGAUUGUGGGGAGCAGGGCCUGUGUGGGACCCUCAGUGUGGCUGUGCACUCUGCCUGCGGCCUUCAGGAGCCUGCCAGUCUCUAUGUCUGCCUGGAAGUGGACGGAUACGAGUUUUUCGACAACAAGGCCCAGACUCGGCCGUGUCUCAGCAGCCUGACGCCACAGUGGGACGAGGAGUUCUCCUUGCAGGUGGAUGGUGCACGGUGUCUCAGGGUGCUGUCUGUUCUACAGACAGAGAGUGGCCAGAGAUGGAGUGUCCAGGGCAGGAGCUCCAUACAGCUGGAUCCCUCCUUGAUUAUGAAGAAGUGGAAGAAGACCACAGUGUGUAUGAACCAGGUGGAGGUGCACCUGUCCCUCAAGUACACACCACACCCCCUGGACCCCCCCAGCUCUGCCUCUGUCCAGCAGCACCCAGUCUUCAAUGUUCCGAUUGGAGACUUGGCACAGCAGGAGGGGGUGCUGGUGCCCCACAUCGUGCGCUCCUGUACAGAGGAGGUGGAGAGAAGAGGCCUGGAGGAAGUGGGCAUCUACAGGAUUUCUGGAGCUGCCAAUGACAUCCAGACGCUGAAGAUUGCCUUCAAUACCAAUUCACGCGACGCUGUGUCCCGCCUGAGAGCGAUGGACGUGAACGCUGUCUCCGGGGCACUCAAGCUGUAUUUCAGGGAGCUCCCGGAGCCCCUCAUCCCAGCGGAGUGCUUCCAGAGCCUCGCCGCAGCCCUGGAUAUUCCUGACAUGAGCUCCAGACUGGAGACUAUGCUGACCAUCCUUCAGUCCUGCCCUGAUGUCAACCGCAACACCUUCCUCUUCCUCCUGCACCACCUUAAACGGGUGGCAGAGAAACAGGAGGUCAACAAAAUGUCCCUGAUGAAUUUGGCGACAGUGUUUGGUCCCAGCCUAGUGCGCCCCCCACAGGUGGUUCUGGGCCAGUGCGGCCCACGGGUCGACAUCUCUCAGGAGGUGGUGGUUCAGGUCCAGGUGGUUUAUUUCUACCUUCAGUGCAACAAUCUCCCAACACCUCUGACCUCAAUGCCCCUGGACUCAGAAGAGGAGGGGACAGACUUGUGAGGUCACCAGCAGGGGAGGCCUUUGUGUCGACCAAUCAGGACCCACUGUUGAUGCUGUGUAAAAAAACAUAUUUAUUAAAGUGGUGCUCGCAGAAGUACCUCAAAUUGUUUGAUGAACCUCAGCCUCUAAUGACGUCUUCUGUUCUGAUGCUGUAUUACCCAGGCCUGUCCAGCAGGAUAUUUUAGUAAUUUUCCAAAACAUUAAUUCUCCGUUCUGCAUUUUUAUCCCUGGGGAAGUAAGAGGCUGACUGCAUUAAGCAUUUACUGAUGUUCCCUGUAAGGGCCAAACCAAACUUUGUGGCC